AGAACAUGCUGAUCAGACCUGGCUGUCUCAUUUCACACACCUUCGCUGGGCAGAUUCUCUCUUUCAGAAGAGGCCUCUGUGGGCAACUUUCAGAUUGUACCUAGGACCACACGGCAGCCUAGUCUUCGAAGACUCAAGGGGUACUGGAGCUCCUGAGAGACCAGAGGGACUGAGGAUGGUUCUGGUGGCCUUGCUUGGACUCAGCUGGUUCUGUUCACCCCUGGGAGCUCUGGUUCUGGAUUUUAACAACAUCAAGAGCUCCAUGGAUGUGCAGGACUCUGGGAAGGGCUCACAGUGUGCAUCAGACAGGGACUGCAGCGCAGGAAAAUUCUGCUUCUCAACUCAUGACGAACGGUCGUUCUGUGCCACGUGCCACAGGGCUCGCAGGCGGUGCCAGAGGAGCGCCGUGUGCUGCCCCGGAACCGUCUGUGUGAAUGAUGUCUGCACUGCAGUGGAAGACACAAGGCCAGUGAUGGACAGAAACACUGAUGGCCAAGAUGGCAGCUAUGCAGAAGGAACCACCAAAUGGCCAGCGGAGGAAAACAGCCCUCAGGGGAAGCCCAGCACGAAGAAGUCGCAAAGCAGUAAGGGACAGGAGGGAGAAAGCUGUCUUAGAACCUCCGACUGUGGCCCUGGACUUUGCUGUGCUCGCCAUUUUUGGACAAAAAUUUGCAAGCCAGUUCUACGAGAGGGACAAGUCUGCUCCAGGAGGGGGCACAAAGACACUGCCCAAGCCCCAGAAAUCUUCCAGCGCUGCGACUGUGGACCUGGAUUGUCGUGUCGGAGUCAGGUGACCAGUAACCGACAGCAUUCAAGGCUAAGAGUAUGCCAAAGAAUCUAAGCUGUGAAAACACGGGACUCCGCUGUCGU